CUCCCCCCCACUGCGCUUACUCGCAGUCAAACCGCUACGCUGGUACUACUCCGUGCUUUUCGUGCAAACUACAACAGUUAAAACACAAUGCCUGUGGACCUGUACUACGUGCCCGGCUCGGCGCCUUGCAGGGCGGUACUGCUGACGGCGCGCGCGCUAAACCUCAACCUGAACCUAAAGCUGGUGGACCUGCACCACGGUGAACACCUCAAACCGGAAUACCUCAAGAUCAACCCUCAACACACAGUCCCAACACUCGUGGACGACGGCUACCCGAUCUACGAGUCGCGUGCUAUCAUCACCUACCUCGUCAACAAGUACGGCAAGGGCAGCGCGCUGUACCCCGAGGAGCCCAAGGCGCGGGCGUUGGUCGACCAGCGCCUGUACUUCGACAUCGGCACGCUGUACCAGAGAUUCAGCGAUUACUUUUACCCACAAAUCUUUGGAGGUGCUCCCGCCGACAAGGACAAGCUGGCCAAGGUAGAAGACGCCCUGCAGCUUCUGGACACAUUCCUGGAGGGACAGAAGUACGUCGCCGGGCCAAACCUCACCGUGGCCGACCUCAGCAUCGUCGCUGGUGUCUCUAGCUUCGAAGCAUCCGACGUUGACUUCAAGAAAUACGCCAACGUCAAGAGGUGGUACGAAACCGUCAAGUCCACAGCGCCUGGAUACCAAGAAGCCAACGAGAAAGGCCUGGACGCAUUCAAGGGGCUCGUCAACAGCAUCCUAAAGAAGUAACCAUUCCAGGGUGAAAUGUUCAAUAAGGCGUAGCUAAAGGAAAGCAGAUGUAUUUCAUUCUGCUUCAAAUAUUUUGAUUCUGUACAAAGAAAUACCUUGUCUAUGGAUCAACACACAACAUCUAAGGAAUUCGAUACAGCAUUUAACAAAAUUGUCGUUCGAUUCUUUGUAAACUUUUUGCUCGUUGCAACGUAUAAUACGCUAGAAAUUGUCUAGUCUAUCUACCUACCAACUCACGUCUUUUAACGCGAAUAGUUUUAUCGAAUUUUACACACCUUUUUACAGAGUCCUCGUUCGAUUAUUUGUACCUUUAUAGCGUGGUGUGGUAAAAAUACGCUCAAAAAAGUAAAUGUGUCCAAGAUUUUUGUAUUUCGUGUAACCAUCCUCUUUUUAUUACGGCCGA